AUCGAACGUAUGACCGAACGCCUGACGUGUGUGAACACAGGUAGGCUAGUUGAAGUGUUGAGCACCACUUUGCGCCUUGUGCGUCAGCGCUCAACCGCAGGAGUCAAACACCUCUGACAUAACACACAAAAUCACGCUCAUUAAAUUCUCCGAGUUUGGAUUGAAUUAACAAUGGCCGAUAACCUGAACUGCAGCGCUGGGAACUGCUCCAGCGCGCACGACGCCUUUGGUUUAUCCGACGGACACUUCGCGCUCGUCAAAGCUGCAGUUCUGGGAUGCGUUUUCGUGCUGGCAACAUGUAGCAAUUUAUUCCUGCUCCACGCCCUCUGGAAAAGGAGAAAGCGACACACUCGAACUCAACUGUUUCUUCUCCACCUGUGUCUGGCAGACCUGGUGGUCGCCUUCUUCCAAGUCCUGCCGCAGCUCUCCAUGGAAAUUACGCACAGGUUCAGAGGCUCUGAUCUGGUGUGCAGAUCUGUCAAGUAUCUUCAAGUGGUCGGGAUGUUCGCGUCCUCGUAUAUGAUCGUGGCCAUGACCAUAGAUCGCUACCACGCGGUCUGCAAACCCAUGGUGUCGUUUUUUCGGGGGUCUUUCCGCAGGUACGUGUCCAUAAGCGCCGCUUGGCUGAUUUCGCUGGCGUUCAGCGCGCCGCAGAUCUUCAUCUUCUCCCUCCAAGAAGUUGAAAAGGAUGUUUUCGACUGCUGGGCGACGUUUAUCGAGCCUUGGGGAGGGAGAAUAUACAUAACGUGGAUCACCCUGUCCGUGUUUGUCCUGCCAGCUGUGAUCUUGAUGUUUUGUCAGAUCAAGAUUUGCGCAGGGAUUUAUUUCAACAUGAAGAGGAAAGCGUUGCAGGGCAGCGCUGGUGAUGGGCGCUCAAGCACUAAGGGGAUCUCCAGCGCGAUGUUGAAGACUGUCAAGAUGACUUUUAUCAUUAUUUUGGUUUAUACUCUGUGCUGGAGCCCGUUCUUUGUGGUGCAGCUCUGGUCAGCUUGGAGUCCGAGCAGCGCACCGACGCAAGGGCCGGUAUUUGUGACCAUCAUGCUCCUCGCCAGCCUCAACAGCUGCACAAACCCAUGGAUCUACCUGUACUACAGCUAAAACCUCACUGAAGAGGCUGUGAUUAAUCCAAUUCUUUCAUAAAGUGAAGUGGUUUUGGCAUGGGCAACAAGAGAAAUAUAGCAUUAGUACUUCAGUUAAGAGGUCAAGUAUCUUUUAAUUGCUGCAUGUACUGAGCUGUACAAUGAAAGGUAAUGUAGAUAUUAUUUUUUCUUGGACUUUCUGACAAAACUGCACUAGCCAUUCUGCAAGUGACUCAUUUGCAUCAUAAAGUCUUGUAUUUUUCAUAAAACGGAUCUGAUUUAAAGUAAAUUAAGCUAUGAUUAGUGCAUAAUUAUUUCCAAGAAUAAGUAUGUAUAGAAAAAGGUUUCAUCAUACUGUACUGUGUGCAGCAUGCGAUAGCUGUUAAAUGUAUUUUUGAUUGUACAGGUCACAUUUUUAUUUGUCUUUUGUUUAAUUUAUGAAGUAUGAACAGUUGUAGGUCAGUGCAGUGCAUUCGCUGUUAUUAAAGUAUUGUUACUUUUUCCAAUGCACAUUUAAAUAAAAAUGCAAAUCGGCUUGUAGAAAA